AUUUUCUGUUUCCAAAUCCCUAAUUAAGAAGGAUUGACAAUCCUUUAGCCUUCUGCCACAAACGUUGUCAGUUCCAAUUUAGCCUCCUCCUCCUCCAGCGCCUUUACAGCGCCGGCGAAAUCUGCCUCGGUUAAUUCCUCUGUGCCGGAGAAACCAGAUAAAAAUUUUCCCAUUUAGCUUCACGGAUUCAUGACGACUAUUUCGGGGUCAAUUCUGAAUUUCUCAGGUAUUAAGAGGCUUGAAAAUGGUGCUGUGUAUCCUAAGAGGCUAGUCCACAUUCACAAGUGCAAUACAACCAGGUUUAGUGAAUUUCACCAUGGAACUGCAUCAACAGGGAGAAGGUUUCAAAACCUUCAGAAGCUUUGGUUUCAUGGUCAUGCUGCCCCAGCACCAACUGUAUGUGCAGGAAGAAACUAUGAGCUGGACCACAAUGAUGACUAUCAUAAAGAGCCUUUCUUGUUAGACAUGGUUAAAACAGUCACCUGGGCAACUCGGAGCUUGUUUCAGUUUUUAGCUGAGCAGCCAAGCCAGCUUAGAUAUAUUGAAUGGCCAAGCUUCCAGAGCACGGUGAAGACCGCAAUGUUGACUCUUGUUCUUGUUGCUUUGCUCAUAGUUGCCCUGUCCACGGUUGAUUCUGCCUUGUCUUAUCUACUAGCUUUAUUUUUGAGGAGAAAGGCAUGGUAAUGGAAAUCAUGUGCAUGAGAUGCGUUGGACGUGGAUGUACAAGAUGAUAUACUCGAGCAUUAGCAAAAUCCCAUGGAUUUGGAGCCGUGAGAGUAUAAAAAGGUCUAAAGUCUCGAUGGAUUCUGAGGCAUGGAGAGAAUAACAGAACCAAAACGUGUGAUUGCUUAUGCCGAGGUAGAAAAACUUGACCUUUCAUGCUAUCAAAACUUGUGUGUAAAUUGGAAUGCCAACUUUCUCAAGAUUGGCUGCAUCUUUAGGCCUCUGCAGCUGGUGCUGAAUUGAUUGUUAGGUAACGAGUCUCAGUCCUCUUUAUCUAAUGUUUUUCUCUAUGCAAGUGCACUUGACUUUUUAUAUUAUAUGCCAAGACUCAGUUCAUUAUUGUUUCAAAA